AUGAAUGUGAGCAGAGACAAGACUCAGGGGAGUGACAUCUCUAUCCCAGCAGUAGCAGCAGCAGAAAGCCAGGCUGGCAUUGUAGUGGAGCCAGUGUCCGGCUGCCUUCACGGGGAAAGCAUGGACAGCCACGGGGACCAGAGACUUUCUUCCAGCAACGACCUCCCAGUCUAUUCGUGUCCUGGAACUAGAGACAGGCCAGGCGACAAUCAGAGCAACACCCCUGGACAAGAGGGGGCAGUGGCAGCCCUACCCGUGGUCCACAGAACCACCUCUUUUUCAGUGCUGGACAUUCUGGAUCCCAACAAAUUCAACAGCAAAAAGCGGCAAUGUUCUGUGUUGUACAAAUCCGCAGGGAGCGAAUUCACUCUAGGGGCAGAGGAUAAACCCGAGGAGUCAGGAACGGAACUAGCAGAUCAAAAGGCUCUGAGUGAAGAUUUUGAAACGUGCAAAAAGUCCUCGGACUUACUCAAGGAUGGGGAGCUGUACAAGGCCGAGGAGUGCGACCUGGACUACAGCAGCAGGCCCAGCCGCAGCCCGGAGAGCGAGCUGCAGGACGAGGAGGAGCUGUGCAGCGAGGAGAGCAGCAGCCUGGGCGGCGUGGCGGGGUCCGGCGAGGCAGAGCCCGGCCACCACCCCGAGGACGGGGAGCCAGGCAGCCAGCAGCCGCCGCCGCCGCCGGCCCAACCUCCUGCCCCGGGCGGGGGCCCGCAGGCCAAGCCCAAGAGGAAGCGCACGGGCUCGGACUCCAAGUCGGGCAAGCCCCGGCGGGCGCGGACCGCUUUCACCUACGAGCAGCUGGUGGCGCUGGAGAACAAGUUCAAGUCCACGCGGUACCUGUCGGUGUGCGAGCGCCUCAACCUGGCGCUGUCGCUCAGCCUGACCGAGACCCAGGUCAAGAUCUGGUUCCAGAACCGCCGCACCAAGUGGAAGAAGCAGAACCCGGGCGCCGACACCAGCGCCCCGACGGGCGGCGGGGCAGGAGGCGGCGGGGCCGGAGGAGGCCUGGGGGGAGGCGGCCUGGGCGGGGGGCUGAGCCCGCUCAGCCACUCGCCGCCCAUGGGCAACCCGCUCUCCAUGCACGGCCCCGGGGGCUACCCGGGACACCCCACCGGAGGGCUGGUGUGCGCUGCCCAGCUGCCCUUCCUGCCCAGCCCCGCCGUCCUCUCGCCCUUUGUCCUGGGCUCGCAGACUUACGGGGCUCCGGCCUUCUACACCCCGCACCUAUAA